UUGUACAUGAUCGAUAAGUGCUUGAUUAAAUGUCUCACUGAUGACUGCUUGGGCAUUUUGGCUUUCAGGGACAAUUUGUAUAUCGUCAAGACGUCAACGAUGAGAGUGUACAAUGGUUUCAAAGAGAUUCUGAACAUUCAGAAAUUUUGGAGAAUUGUGUCCUAUACCGGAUUCUACUGCUUCGCUGCGGUCGUGAGCUAUGCUUACACGAGUAACACAACGAGAGCUGGGUAUUCUAGAGCUGACCAAUACUAUGCGUCUUAUCCUGCUGGAACCGAGCUCUUGACCGACACAACUAAGUUAUAUAAAGCUGCACUUGGCAAUUGUUUCGAAGUGGAAGAGUGGGGUCCACUUGAGUUCUGCAUCAUGGCAAAACACUUUGAACGUCAAGGGAAAUCGCCAUACCAAUAUCAUGCACAAUAUAUGGCACACCUUCUCUCUCAUGGACAGCUUGACGGAAGUGGCUAAAAGGGAAUACCACUCUGCCAGACGAGUGGAAAUGUCAUAAGUUCAAAAUUGUCUGAUGGCAAUCAAGUAAAAAACAAAAC